CUUUUUAAUGUCUACAUGUAUGACUCUAUUUCCCUUUUCUCACUUAUUUGGAGGUUGGAUUUCAUUCAUCAAAUUGCAGCCAAAACCACCUUUCGUAAAUCGAGGUGUCAAUAUCGGGUGUUAAUCUUGACAUCUUUGCUUUCAAACAGGCCUUGGAAUGAAGCUGCAAGCGAAUAUUCUGUGAUUGUUCGUUGUUUUACAGAUGAGAACUGGGACGAUGACCAGCUGCUUGGUUUUGAACCCUGCAAUGAAAACCUUGUCUCUGGCUGCAAUAUAAUCAAUGGGAAAUGCGAAUGUGACACCAUUCGCACCUGCAACAAUCCCUUUGAGUUUCCAAGGAAGGAUAUGUGCCUUUCAGCUUUGAAGAGGAUUGAAGAAGAGAAGCCAGAUUGCUCCAAGGCCCGCUGUGAAGUCCAGUUCUCUCCACGUUGUCCUGAAGAUUCCGUUCUGAUCGAGGGCUAUGCUCCCCCCGGGGAGUGCUGCCCCUUACCCAGCCGCUGCGUGUGCGACCCUGCGGGCUGCCUGCGCAAAGUCUGCCAGCCGGGAUACCUGAACAUACUAGUGUCCAAAGCCUCAGGGAAGCCGGGAGAGUGUUGUGACCUCUAUGAGUGCAAACCAGGUACGCGUGGGCCUCGCCUCAGCAGCCUCACUGCUUUGCGUCACAGGGUCAUACACAGGACAGUGUCCUACAGACAGGCUCGUGCCACAGCCACCGCCACCUUGUGGGCUCCCGACUUCUAUGUUGUUGUUUAUUCAUGGGGUUUUCCUUCCCUUUUCUUUGGUUUCAGAUGCGAGUGUCUCUCUGGCUUAUGUGGUUUCCCCGUGUGUGAGGUGGGAUCCACUCCUCGCAUAGUCUCUCGUGGAGAUGGAACACCUGGAAAGUGCUGUGAUGUCUUUGAAUGUGUUAAUGAAACAAAGCCAGCCUGUGUAUUCAACAACGUGGAAUAUAACGACGGGGAUAUGUUUCGAAUGGACAACUGUCGGUUCUGUCGGUGCCAAGGGGGUGUUUCCAUCUGCUUCACUGCCCAGUGCGGAGAGCUGAACUGUGAGAGGUACUAUGUGCCCGAAGGAGAGUGCUGCCCCGUGUGUGAAGAUCCAGUGUAUCCUUUUAAUAAUCCUGCUGGCUGCUAUGCCAAUGGGCAGAUCCGUGCCCACGGGGACCGGUGGCGGGAAGACGACUGCACGUUCUGCCAGUGCAUCAACGGAGAGCCCCACUGCGUGGCGACGGCCUGCGGACAGAGCUGCAUGAACCCCGUCAAAGUACCUGGCGAGUGCUGCCCUGUGUGCGAAGAACCAACCUACAUCACAAUUGACCCACCUGCGUGUGGGGAGUUGUCAAACUGUACGCUGACAGAGAAAGACUGUGUUUAUGGUUUCAGACUUGACCACAGUGGUUGUCGAACCUGUCAGUGCAAAAACCGGAAGGAGCUGCCCCGUCUCCUAGGGCUAUGCAGGGCACUCAGCAGAUGGUUGGUUGAGCAAAUGAGCAAGGAAGGAGCCAUCAGAAUUGGGGAUGCCAUCGGACAUCAUUUCUUGUUUAAGAUCCCUCGUGUGGUCUUGCCAUUCCGACCAUGUGCCCAUUUUAUCACACUGAGAAUCUUGACCUGGGUUAGUCUUUUGCCAUCUCACUUGCUGCCACCGGAUACCUCACUGCGUGGCGAGUUGGGUGGCUGGUGGCAUCUCCUGUUCCCUGCUGACCUUAUGUUCAUUUUUCCAGAUGAACCUCCUCAGCCUUCCUCAUCCCAUAACGAGAGCGUGCCGAGUUACUGCAAAAACGAUGAAGGGGACAUCUUCCUGGCUGCCGAGUCCUGGAAGCCUGACGUGUGCACCAGCUGCGUGUGCAUGGACAGUGUCAUUAGCUGCUACUCGGAGUCAUGCCCGUCCGUGUCCUGUGAGAGACCUGUUUUGAGAAAAGGCCAGUGUUGUCCCUACUGCAUAGAAGACACGAUUCCAAAGAAGGCGGUGUGCCACUUCAGCGGCAAGGCCUACGCCGACGAGGAGCGCUGGGACAUUGACAGCUGCACGCACUGCUACUGCCUGCAGGGCCAGACCCUCUGCUCCACUGUCAGCUGCCCCCCUCUGCCCUGCGUCGAGCCCAUCAACAUGGAAGGAAGCUGCUGCCCGAUGUGUCCAGGUACCUCAGCGGGGCUCCCAGGCUGCGGCGCUGAGCGCGCUCGUCUGCCCCUCAUCCCAGAAAUGCAGGGCCUGAGCCCUCGGCCGCACAGCCUGCGGGCAGCAUUCCAGACCCCAGCCCUCCACACGCACACUCCGCCCGCAGUCCGGGCUGCAGAGAGCGUGUGCUCUGUACUAAAUACUUCUGUUUCUCUCCUAGACAUGGGUCACCUGCAGGUGGAUUACAGAGAUAACAACAGACUGCAUUCAGGCGAAGAUUCUUCACUGGACUCCAUUGCCUCAGUCGUGGUUCCCAUAAUAAUCGUCCUCUCUGUUACAAUAAUAGCAUUCCUGUUCAUCAAUCAGAAGAAACAGUGGAUACCGCUGCUUUGCUGGUAUCGAACACCAACUAAGCCUUCUUCCUUAAACAAUCAGCUGGUGUCUGUGGACUGCAAGAAAGGAAGCCGAGCCCCGGCGGACAGCUCGCAGAGAAUGCUAAGAAUUGCCGAGCCGGACGCCAGGUUCAGUGGCUUCUAUAGCAUGCAGAAACAGAACCACCUGCAGGCGGAUAACUUCUACCAGACCGUGUGAAGAAGGGGACGUGGGUGAGGUUUUGAAAGACAGAAAACAACUAAAUCUGCUUUUAAAAGUAAACUAGAAUUUGUGCACUUGCUUAGUGGAUCGUUUUGGAUUGUGACUUGAUGUACAGCGCUAAGAACUUACGGGCUGGGCUCUGUCUACGGCAGUGUGCAGAACAAGCAUUCCCACUUUCCUCAAGAUAACUGACCAAGUGUUUUCUUAGAACCAAAGUUUUUAAAGUUGCUAAGAUAUAUUUGCUUGUAAUAUAGCUGUAGAGAUAUCUGGGGGCGGGGACAGUGAGUUUGGGGAGAUGGGUUGGGAGGGUGGUGUUGGGAAGGCAGAUUGGUCAGCUGGGCUCGGGGAGAGAAAUGCAGUUAAAAUAAAAGCAGCUGAGUGUCCCAGAGGAACUUUUUUUCCUGUUGCUCUGAAGACUGCACUGGUUGCUUCAAAGCUCGGGCCCGAGUGAGCAGGGAAACAAAGGCCUUGCGAUCCAGCUGCCGUAGCCACCUUACUGCAGACAGCGCACCCGCACCUGUCGCUAGCCAUCCCCGGGCUAAAGCCACGAGUUUCUUUCCUAUACAGUCACACUGCGGUGGGCGGUGAGGAAGCAGGAGAGAUGCGCUGCGGCAUUUCUCAGACGCAGGUUAUCAUGGAGAUAGACAGUUAUACUUUUUGCUGCUUUUGUUUUCUUCCAAGCCAAUCAGCCAGUUCCUAGCAGAGUCAGCAAGUGAACAAGACCUAAGUCAUUUCUUGAUGCGAGCACUGGAGCUUUUCUUACAGCAUGGCAGGAAGGAGGGAGAGGGCGAAGGACACCAGGUAUUUCCAGGGGCCGUACUUCAUUGUCUCUCGUGGCUUUGUUCUCUUGUUGGUUGUUCAUAGUUUUUGUUGAAGCUCUAGCUUAAGAAAAAACUUUUUUUAAAAAGGACUGUUUGGGGAUUUUUUUUUUCCGUAUAUACUACUACAUUUUAAUUGUAUAUUAUUCAAGCACCUUUGUUGAAGCUCAAAAAAAAAUAUGCCGCCUCAAACGUUAGCAAUUAUAGGAAUAUUUAUGUAACUAUCUUAUGCUUCAAAAAAACAAAAGUAUUUGUGUGCGUGUGUAUAUAAUAUAUAUGCAUAUAUAUUUAUACACAUACAUUUAUGUUUUCCUGUUGAAUGUAUUUUUAUGAGAUUUUAACCAGAACAAAGACAAACAGGCAUUCCAUAUCAAUGCUUUUGAUCACCUACAAAUUUUUAAGAACACAAAAUUUCAUUCUACCUGCAGUUUAAUUGGGAAGUAAGAUGUGUGUGUUGAGUGUGUGUGAGUAUGAGUGUGCGUAUGCACACGCCUUGUGCAGUCAGCAUCACACCUGCUAUGGAGAAGGUAUUCCUUUAUUAAAAUCUUCUUCCUCAUUUGGAUAUGCUCUCUGUUGGUUUUCAAUUUGCUCACUGGCCAGAAACAUUGAUGGCAGUUUAUCUGCCUCACUAAUCAGCUCCUGGGUUUUUUUUUUUUCUUCAAACAACUGUUUGAAACAACUACUGGAAUAUUGUCCAUAAUAAGCUGGAAGUUUGUUGUAGUUUGCCUCAGAUAUAACUGACUGUAUACUAUAGUGUUAACUUUUCAAACAGCUCUUAGCACUUUUAUACUAAUUACCCAUUUGUGCAUUGAUUUUUCUUUUUAAAAUGCUUGUUGUGAAAGACACAGAUACCCAGUAUGCUUAAUGUGAAAAGAAAAUGUGUUCUGUUUUGUAAAGGAACUUUCAAGUAUUGUUGUAAAUACUUGGACAGAGGUUGCUGAACUUUAAAAAAAAUUAAUUUAUUAUUAUAAUGACCUAAUUUAUUAAUCUGAAGAUUAACCAUUUUUUUUGUCUUAGAAUAUCAAAAGGAAAAGAAAAAGGUGUUCUAGCUGUUUGCAUCAAAGAAAAAAAAAGAUUUAUUAUCAAGGGGCAAUAUUUUGUAUCUGUUUCCAAAAUAAAUUUGUUAAUGAUAUGAUGUUACCAAAAUAGAUUUACAUCAGCCUGAUUAGUAUAAAAUUUUGUCAACAAUUAAUCCAUUCCUGGCAUAAAAAUCUAUCAAAAAAAUUGUAAAUGCUUGCUUUUUGUUUUUUCAAUCAUGGCCAUAUUAUGAAAAUACUAACAGGAUAUAGGACGAGGUGUAAAUUUUUUUAUUAUUAUUUUAAAGAUAUGAUUUAUUCUGAGUGCUGUAUCUAUUACUCUUUUACUUUGGUUCCUGUUGUGCUCUUGUAAAAGAAAAACAAAUAUAAUUUCCUGAAGAAUAAAACAGAUAUAUGGCACUUGGAGUGCA